ACGUCAUUGAGCCGCAUAUUUUUGAAUCCGGCACCAUGUUGAGUAUUUCUCCGAUUGUUUCUCUACGUCGCUGUGAUAAUGAGCCGUCUAUGCCCGACGAAUGGCGCCUGUAUAACUUGGCUACGCGCCUCAGGACCUUCUCUAACUGGCCCUUUACUGAAGACUGCGCUUGUACCCCAGAGCGGAUGGCAGAGGCUGGAUUUGUUCACUGCCCCACUGACAACAGUCCAGAUGUGGUUAAGUGUUUCUUCUGUCUCAAAGAACUAGAAGGUUGGCAGCCUGAGGAUGACCCUAUGGAUGAACACAAGAAACAUUCACCAAGCUGCUUAUUCAUCGCAUUGAAAAAGAAAGCAGAGGAACUGACACUAAGCGAGUUCCUGAAACUGGACUUGGAGCAUACGAAAAUCAAGAUGCAAAAGCAGAUGAACCUGCACAUUGAAAGGUUCCAGGCAAAAGCAAAUGAGGUGCGGGGUCACUUGGAGAAACUUGAUGCUGACGAAACACAGUGAUUUCAUUUUGUGUUUUAAUACUGAGUGUAUAUAUUCCCUGGCUGUAUAAACUGUAUAUUACUUUUUAUGAAACAAUCGACCCUUACCUUAUUUUAUUUUUCUUGUUUUCAUAUUUUGUUUUUACAUAUUCCAUAAACUUAAGAGGCUUUUUUUUAACUGCUAGCUGCACAACCUAUAAUAUAUAUGUUCUUAAAUGUUUUCACACAGAAAACUUAACCUACUGCUUACCAUUCAUGAAGCAUGUAUCUGUGUCAAAUACAUUUGAUUUUAAAUGUC